AUGAUUCCUGAUGCGUCUGCCUUUGCAUUUGGUUUGGUGUCGGUGUAUCAAAGGUUCGAUUUUCUUUUUGAUAAGUAAGCAGGGGUUUGAUACUUUCCACGCACAAACUCAUGUAAUUGUUAAAGACGUGUCUUCCUCAGAUCACUGAGCUGAGGAGUGAAGUCCCCAUCUUACGUGGGCAAUGUCUUCAGCUUUCAUGUGCUGCUCAGACCAUUAAAACGUCAACAAAAGGGCAUUGAGAAGUCAAUAGCUCAGUGUGGAUUAAUUGAUGCUGAUGCAUGCUUUUUCUAUGUAACCAUCUGGCAUCCUCUGAAUUCUCUACUUCCACAACAUUCUGUAGAAAUAAAUGGGAAAUGCUGGGGUCUUAGCAUUCUACAUCACAAUAUGUUGUGUGUCUUUUGUCAUCUCUAAAAUUAUAAUAUCAGUCCUCCUUUACAAGCGAUGGCAAAGGAAAAACAUUGUUUUUCAAGAUAGCAUUUCAGGUGGAAAGAUGGUAAUGUUCAGGUCUCCAAAGAUGCAAGCACUUACUUCAAAAGCAUUCUUAAAGAAGACAAUGAGGUUGACUAACAAAGAUAUCAUUGGAUCUGGGGGCUAUGGAACAGUGUACAGACUGAUAAUAAAUGAUUCAUUGGCCUUUGCUGUAAAAAGGCUAAACAGGGGUAGUGCAGACCGUGACCGAGGAUUUGAGAGGGAGCUGAAGGCAAUGGGGGAUAUAAAGCAUCGGAAUAUUGUCACUCUUCAUGGAUAUUAUAGUGCCCCUCAGUUUAAUCUUCUUAUAUAUGAUCUAAUGCCUAAUGGAAGUUUGGAUACAUUGCUUCAUGAAGAUACUGUUGCAGGUACAUCAGGUGACAAGAAACCUUUAGACUGGCCUUCAAGAUACAAAAUAGCUCUGGGUGCCGCAAGAGGCAUUUCAUACCUUCAUCAUGACUGUAUUCCUCACAUAAUCCACAGAGAUAUUAAAUCAAGUAAUAUAUUGUUGGACCAAAACAUGGAAGCUCGAGUAUCUGAUUUUGGAUUGGCUACAUUGAUGGAACCAGAUAAUACUCAUGUUUCAACAUUUGUUGCUGGGACUUUCGGUUACUUAGCCCCUGAAUAUUUUGAUACUGGGAAAGCAACAGCAAAAGGGGAUGUUUACAGUUUUGGUGUUGUCUUGCUUGAGCUUCUUACUGGAAAAAGACCAAUGGAUGAAGCAUUUCUUGAAGAAGGAACCAAACUAGUGACUUGGUUGCAGCUACUUGGUUUCAUAAGGAAAAUUCUACUACAUUAUCUUCCUCAUGCUGUAAAUGCACAACAAAGCAAAGAUUCAUGGACAUUUGCUUUCAGGUCUCCUGAAAAUUCGACUCCAUAGCCCCCUGUAAUUUUCCUUGUUGCUUUCUCUCUGAGAGAAUAGUCAGUUUGGUCAUGAGUAUACACUCAUAAUGCCAUUAGCAGACCAACAUGUUUCAGUUGUCCAACUGAAUAAUGUAUUUACAUCUUUUAUUUGCAACUAAUCCUCAAAUCAGAUUCAUUCUAUAUAUUAAACAAAUAACAUCAAGAAACCAUAUGAACUUGUAUUCUCUUAAAUUGUCUCAGUUAUUUAGAAUGUGAAAAUUUAAUUUUCAUUUUUUUCAUUGUCAAGUUAGAUACAGUCAACUACCCUUAAUAACACACACUUCCUUUCUAUAGGUGACAUUUAAUUGUUAAAUACAUGAUAAAUUGUUCUAGUUGUAUUCUCCAUUAGGCAAGAAUAUUUUAGCUAUACUAAUUUCAUGAUGAUACUUCAACUACUUCAUAUUGUGUCCUGAAUUGGUUGACCCUUUUCAUGCUACUAAUUUCUCCCUGAACUUCAUUUCAUCAUUCAAAGUAUUUUAAGUAUAUUGAGCUGA